AUGAACCAUCUGCAAGAUCUAUGGAAAGUCGCCCAGGGGCCCUGGGAAUCCGGGGUCCUUCCCAGCGCCGAGAAUUUGGCGCGGGCAAGAGCCUCGCUUCCCGCGACAUUGCCGGAGACCGGUUCCAGCCUCGAUUCUGUCCAGCGCCACAUUCUAGAUGAUAUCGCGCCGGCUUUCAAUGGUGGUAGCAUCAGCGCAAACUACUACGGCUUCAUCACGGGUGGAGCAACGCCGGCUGCGCUUUUCGCCGACAAUGUCGUCUCGGCCUAUGACCAGAACGUCCAGGUCCAUCUGCCGAACCACUCCAUUGUCACGGAUGUUGAGUAUAAUGCAAUUGGAUUGCUUCUGGAUCUCUUCCGAUUGGAUCGCUCAUCCUGGUAUAAUGGAACCUUCACCACUGGAGCCACCGCGAGCAACAUCCUCGGCUUGGCCUGCGGACGCGAGUACGUGUUGCAGAAGGCGGCGCAGAGGAAGGGCAUUCAGCAACAGAGCGUUGGCGAAGAGGGCUUGUUCGAAGUGCUGAGCGCACUCGGUCUGUCUGGUGUGCAGGUGCUGUCAACGCUACCCCACUCGUCUCUGGUGAAGGCUGCGGGCGUUCUGGGUAUUGGUCGAUCCAACGUUCGCAGUAUUUGUCGAGCCGAUGACCCGCUUCGUUUCGACCUGGAGCAGCUGGAGAAGGAGUUGUCAAGAAGCGACAAGGUCAGCAUAGUCGCUAUUUCCUGUGGCGAGGUCAAUACCGGCCGUUUCGCGACAAACGGUUCGGAUUUGAGCGACGUUCGCCAGCUGUGCGACAAGUAUGGGGCGUGGUUGCAUGCCGAUGGGGCAUUCGGAAUCUUCGGCCGAAUUCUCGAUGAUAGCCCGGACUUUGCAGCUGUCAGAAAUGGUUCCGAUGGCAUCGAAUUGGUUGACUCGAUCACUGGUGACGGUCACAAGCUUCUCAAUGUUCCCUACGACUGUGGCUUUUUCUUCACUCGACACCCGGACGUGGCCUCGCAGGUGUUUCAGAAUGCAAACGCGGCCUAUUUGACUGCUGGCAGCUCCCAGGGACCCUCGAUUCCUUCUCCUCUAAAUAUUGGAAUUGAGAAUUCCCGUCGUUUCAGGGCGCUCCCGGUGUAUGCUUCCCUUUUGUCGUACGGCAAAUCCGGAUAUCAGGAAAUGCUUGGCCGCCAGAUCAAGCUUGCUCGCAAGAUAUACGAGUGGUUAUUUGAUCAUCCUGAGUACACCCCACUGCCGCAGGCAUCUUCGAAGGCUGAGCUGCUUGAUCAGGCAUUCAUGAGCGUUCUGUUCCGGGCAAAUGAUGCAGAGUUGAACCAGAACUUGAGUAACAGGAUCAACGAUAGCUCACGUAUGUUUGUCUCCGGUACCAGCUGGGAUGGAAACCCUGCCUGCCGUAUUGCUAUCUCCAAUUGGCGGGUUGACGUCGAGCGGGAUUUUGCGCUGGUAAUCGAUGUGCUGGCUAAGAGCGCCGAGAAGCUCUAA